ACUAACUCAUAUAUUAACUUUAUUAAAAAUGGAUUUCUAUUUUUGUUUUGGAAUAUUACUUUGUUUUAUUUGUUUAAUUACCAUACCUACGUUUUCAGAUGUGGUGCCAAACUUCAAUAAAAAUGAGCUAGAAGAACUUUAUAAAGCAGUAUUAGAUAUGCUAGUAAAUGAGAAAUAUGGAUCCAAUGAAGAGAUUCAUUAUUCAGCUGAGGAUAAUAGAGCAAUAAACGAUUUCUUCAUCCCAUCAAAUCAGAAAAACUAUCCAUUUUCAUUUUUCGGCUUACAAUAUUUAUUGGUUCAAUUAUUUAAUAUUUCUGUUGAAAAUGAUAAAAUUAUAUUCAAAAGAAAAGAAAACACUGAAUUAAAACCACGGAAGGAUAAUUCAAUGGUUGCAGAAAUUGCGAUGUCGAACAAAUCAGAUAAUGAAGUGAUAUCACAUAUUGUAAAAGAAUUUGAACAGAAUAAAAUAUACGAAGCAGCAUUUAAUGAUUACUUUCGUUCUUAUGAUGAAGAAAAUAACGGCACUGUUCCAAAUGAAAUAGCAAAAGAAAUUUUGCCGUAUACAUCAUUGUUUGCAGAUCAAAAUUCUUCUGAGUUCUCUAAUGAGCUACUCAAAAAAUACACAAAUAAUCAAAAUCGAUUUGAAUAUGAAAAAAUGAUAAAAAACGUUGCCAAUGAUAAUAAAGAAGAUAAAUCUAAUAUAUUGACUUAUGAUUACGACCAGAAAGUUUGGAAAAAAUUAUAUUCGCAGUAGCUUCUUUUUAUAGUUUGUAAAAUAUACUAAAACUACAUUAAAAAUAUUUCUCUUUAAUUUCUAUUUUACUAUUUCUUGCCAAUAUGUAUCACAGUUAUUGAAAUAUAAUGAU